AUGGAUUCUUUCGGAGCUCAACAAGGUGGUGGUGGUGGACGUGGAUGCUUCACCUGCGGAAACGAAGGUCACCAAGCCCGUGAAUGCCCAAGCCGUGGACCAGCCAAGUGCUACAACUGCGACAACCCAGGCCAUUUGAGCCGUGACUGCCCAGAGGGACCAAAGGAGAAGGUCUGCUACAGAUGCGGUACUUCCGGACACAUCUCCAAGGACUGCUCUAACCCACCAACUGAGGGUGCUGGCCGUGGUGGUGGAUACGGUGGCGGAUACGGAGGUGGUGGUGGACAACAAUGCUACAAGUGCUCCAAGAUUGGCCACAUCGCCCGUAACUGCCCAGAGGCUGGUGGCUAUGGUGGAAACCAGGGUUACGGAGGUAACCAAGGUGGUUACGGUGGUGGAUUCGGUGGCGGUGCCCGUCAAGGAAGCCAAACCUGCUUCUCAUGUGGCGGUUACGGACAUCUUUCCCGUGACUGCACCCAAGGUCAAAAGUGCUACAACUGUGGUGAAGUUGGUCACUUAUCCCGUGACUGCAGCCAAGAGACCUCUGAGGCUCGUCGAUGCUACGAAUGUAAGCAAGAGGGUCACGAGAAGCUUGAUUGCCCUUUGAGAAAGAAGGCUUUCGGCCAAGAAUAA